GUGUUCGGAGGAGGUCCGGAGUGCGGCCGCCGGCCGGCGACAUGGAGCCGUUGUACCAGCAGACUCACAAGCAGGUCCAUGAGAUCCAGUCUCACAUGGGACAUCUGGAGACAGCAGACAAGCAGUCUGUGCACUUAGUAGAAAAGGAAAUACAAGCAAGCAUAGACCAAGUAUUCGGCCGUCUAGAACGCCUGGAGAUUUUGUCUAGCAAGGAGCCUCCUAAUAAAAGACAGAACGCCAAACUUCGAGUAGACCAAUUAAAAUAUGAUACCCAGCACCUGCAGACGGCUCUUAGAAAUUUCCAGCAUCGGCGCUAUGCCAGGGAGCAGCAGGAGAGACAGCGAGAGGAGCUUCUGUCUCGAAACUUCACCACCAAUGACUCUGACACCACCAUACCAAUGGAAGAAUCACUGCAAUUUAACUCCUCCCUCCACAACAUACACCACGGCAUGGAUGACCUCAUUGGAGGCGGGCACAGUAUCCUGGAGUCACUGAGGGCCCAGAGGCUGACUUUGAAGGGGACUCAGAAGAAGAUCCUUGACAUUGCCAACACGCUGGGCCUGUCCAACACAGUGAUGCGCCUCAUUGAGAAGCGGGCUUUCCAGGACAAGUACUUGAUGAUUGGCGGGAUGCUCCUCACCUGUGUGGUCAUGGUCCUUGUGGUUCAGUACCUGACAUGAGCCAGCUGUGCCCAGGAGCUGGAUAACAUUCCCACUGCGUGAGAGCUUGUGAGUGCAUGUGUGCGUGAGAGAGGAGGGCUGUCCAGAGGCCGCCUUUGAAAUGUAUGCCCAACUUAACUGUGAACACAACUCAGGAAUAAUUGUGAUCCAGUUUCAGACCUGUUUUCUGUGACAUCUUAACAGGGGGAGCUAGUUCCAUCAAAAUAUGUGGUCCUUAGGAAAUGAAAAAAAUCUGUUUUCUCUCUCACUGA